CUCGGGUCUCAGAGACGUAGGCCACGUGACGUGUGCAUACCACCGCGACAUUCUGCUGCGUGUGGACAGAUGAUAAGCUACAAAAAGAGACGACAUGAAAACUGGUCCGCAGAGCUGGAACGAAACGAUACACAGACAAUAGGUAGGGUGGAAGAUUGGAGCAGUUGCCCUCCCUCGAACUUUACUUGUGUGGGGGGUUGAAGUCUGACAACGUGAAAUCUCUGAAGGAUUCGACACACAGCUGUCAGUCAACAGGUCGCCUAAACCAUGACUCGCAGCAAGUUGAUCGCUAUCGGGCUCGUCUGUUGUGCGCUGCUCACUCUCGUCAUAGUCCUCUCCGUGGUCCUCACGAGAGACAACGAUGAUGACGACGACGGGGGCAACCCGGCACCUUCCAAGGAACCGAUCUCCCUCACUGAGAACAUGCAGUUGGCUCCAAAGUGGGAAUCUGGUUCUCUCGAAUUAACUGUAUCCGGUAUUCCGACGGCGAAGAUCGCGCCAGUGACUGCUUACCUAGGGAGGAACGUUGAGCUGAAUGGGUCGAGGGUGUGCACGGACAGCCACGGAAUCCACUGUCGUUCAUUUGUGGAUGGACGGAGACUUGAAAUACUGGAGUCUGUCAAGACGUCAGAGCUGGACUGUGUGACGGUGGAGUGGUCAUCGGCCGGUGACGUCACGUCCAGGGAGAGCGGAGAGGACUGCUAUGACAUGCUGGACACUCACUGGUUCGGGGGCUUUGAGGAAAAUCGCCAACACUGGGCCCUGGACGAGUUUGUGAUGAACUCCAGCGCCUUCGUCACAGGCCAUGCCUGGGACAUGGGAGAGUACGGUGACGUUAUCGAGCCAAUCUUCCUGUCCUCUGCUGGCGUAGGUAUCCACGUAGACGAAGCCACGCCCCUUUACUUGUCCAUCAACGAGGCCAAAUCCAAACAGCUGUGUCUGGUCGGAAGAACGGGAGCAAACACGCCCUACUACCACGGCUCUCAAAGUGCCUCUCUGCGCUACCAUAUCUGUAAAUCCAGCAACAUCGCCAGUUUGUGGAAAGCUAUGGCGGAACAGUUCAUCGCAAAACCCACGGCCGGAGUGUCCGAGGAUGUUCUGCACAGCCCGAUCUGGUGCACGUGGGCCAAGUACAAGGGAGCCAUCAACCAAACCACGACUCUUGAAUACGCCAACCUCAUCAGAGAGAACAAUUUCCCCGCCUCACAACUGGAAAUUGACGACGAGUGGACUCCGAAGUACGGAGAUCUGGUUUUCACCACCGACAAAUUCCCUGACGCUAGUGAACUGAUUCAGAAUCUCACAAGCGAAGGGUUUCCUAUCACGGUGUGGGUUCAUCCAUUCUUUAACAACGACUCCCAAGCCUUUCAAGAGCUGUCAAAGAAGAACUAUCUACUGAAAGACCUCCACUCCGCGGAGCCAGCUCUUACUGAAUGGUGGCGCGGAAAUCACGCUGGGGUCAUUGACGUCACCAACCCUGACGCGGUCACGUGGUACUUGAAUAAACUUGAGUACAUCAAAACAAACUACAGUGUCAUUUCAUUUAAAUUCGAUGCAGGGGAAACAAAUUGGUUGCCGAAAAAAUUUACCUCACAUGUAGAUUUGCCCAACCCGAACAUGUACUCGAAGAAAUACGUGGAGAUGGCUUAUCGCGCCGAUUUGAAAGAGAGACGACAGGAAGUGCGAGCAGGCUACCGUAGUCAGAACACUUCUAUGAUGGUGCGCAUGUUGGACAGGGCCAGUAACUGGAGCCACCAGAGGGGUCUCAAGACCGUCAUCCCCUGCGCCCUAGCCUUCGGGAUCAUGGGCUACCCGUUUGUUCUUCCCGAUCUCAUAGGCGGGAACGCUAUGGACACAAUAGCGCUUGACCACACAGUGCUGCCAGAAAGAGAGCUCUACAUCCGCUGGAUGGAAGCUACCACAUUUUUGCCGGUGUUGCAGUUUUCGGUCGGGCCGUGGGACUACGACGAAGAGGUGGUCAACAUCACACGUAAAUACGUACAGCUUCACCAAAAUUUCUCCGACCUCAUUGUCAACUUGAGUAAAGAAGCGGUGGUCACUGGUCAUCCUAUCGUACGUCCGCUGUGGUGGACUGACCCCACAGACUCGACGGCCUUGACCCUUGAAACGCAAUUUCUCCUCGGCAACGACCUUCUCGUGGCCCCGGUGUUGGAGCAGGGGGCGGAGUCACGUGACAUCUACAUACUGAACGGCGAUUGGCAGGACGAGCUGAGGGGCGGUAUACUGAGAGGACCUCGAUGGGAGUACAACUACACAGUGGCUCUCCAUGAACUCGCUUAUUUCACAAGAGUCACCGCUUAGAGUGUCUGUUGUAGCAACUAAACACACAGUUCUAGCUCUCCCUGAAC